GUCAUGGGAGAUGGAACAUAAGGUCUCAGGAGGAUGGAGAGGACCAGAGUACUUACAAUACGAUGAGAUUGGAAUGGGACUAACAGGCUUCGGAGUGUUUUUCCUCUUCUUUGGAAUGAUACUCUUCUUUGACAAAGCUCUUUUGGCUAUUGGAAAUGUUUUAUUUGUGGCUGGCUUGUCUUUUGUUAUUGGUUUAGAAAGAACAUUUAGAUUCUUCUUUCAAAAACACAAAAUGAAAGCAACAGGCUUCUUCCUGGGUGGUGUGCUCAUAGUUCUUAUUGGUUGGCCUUUAAUAGGAAUGAUCCUUGAAAUUUAUGGGUUCUUCCUAUUGUUCAGGGGGUUCUUUCCUGUGGUGGUUGGCUUUAUUAGAAGAGUCCCAGUUCUUGGAUAUCUCUUGAAUUUACCUGGUAUAAGCUCGCUUGUAGAUAAAGUUGGAGAAAGCAACAACAUGGUAUAAUGACAAGAGGGUGGAAGACUGAUCUAAACUUUUACUGUAUUAUUUAUAAAAUCCCUUUGAAGAAUACUCAGCACAAAGAUUAAGUUGUGUAAAAGGAAAAAGCUUGUUACAUUCUUUACAUAACAGUUUAAUUUAAAAUGUAUAGUCAACAAUAUACAUUAGAAAAGAAGCUCAGAAAGUAUGCUUCUAAGAAAGUAACUCCAGAGUUCGGGAAGUAAACUGAAGAGGGGAAAGUCAUGGAAUAAUUCAUGUUGCAACUGUUCAAGACUAUUUUUAUUGUUUUUGGGAAACAUGCUAGGGGCAAUGAACCCUUGUGGAACUAAUGGCGCCUGUUCUUUACCUCCUUAUUUUGAAGGUGCAGUAGAGCAAACAGCCCUACAUUUUUAAGGGUGACCCAAAUUUACCCAACCCUCUGCUUGCUAUCCUCAGAGUGCAAAAAGUCAAACAGGAAACUUCUUGUGUAACAAGAGAUGCAUCUUUGCAUGAAGGUUAAGAUGGCUAUUCAUCUAUAAGUGUAUUAUUACAAUAAAAAGGAAACCCUACACAGUUCUGUUGUAAAAAUUUUUGUAAAUAUGUGGCUGAAAUACAGCAUUGUUAUCUUAAUGUUUCAAAGCCAAAUGUUAGUUGAUUGUAUUUGUCUUCCCUUUCGGAAUAUGCAAAAGGUCAAUAUUUAAUAACUUUGGUCCUAAAUGUUGGUUCUGAACAUGUAGAGCUCAGUGGGGAACUCUGGAAGCUGACUUGCUGUCCUUGCAGGUUGUUCUUGAGCCAUGUUACAUGUGCAUCUGAUGACAAUGUAGCCCCUUGUCACUAACAUGAAAACUUCAUGAAAUAUGCUUAGUUCACAAAAAACUGCAUUUAGGUUGAGGUGCUGAUGUGAACCCUGUGACAUGUAACUUACCAGAAUUUGAAGCUUUGUUUUUAAACAGUUUGAAACUAAGCUUUAUUUGUUUACUCUGGAACUACAAAUCGACUUUUAUUUUUUAUGGUAAUAAAAUGGAAACUUAAAGUUCUGUGUUCGUGAGUCUCUGGGGAGAACACGAAGUGACUGGGGCUGACUAAAGAUCAAGUGCCAAUCUCCAUGUGUUUGUAACUUUUUACUGGGUUAUCUGAUUAUCUUCAAACAACUCUUGUUUACAGCAACAGCUUUGUUGUUACAGAGGAUUCUUGGCUAACCUGGAAUAAUGUCCCCUCCUAAUGCACAGGUCACAUUUCUGCCUCUCUUGGAAUGUUAAACAUCGUACAUUGUCAAUAGUCUUAGUUACAGUUUUCUCACCUAACAAACCGUGUUAGUUCAGUGAAUUGUGUUUGUGCAGGUGGGGAGGGGGUUUCUGUUGUGUUUCAUUUUCUUUUCCCUUUCAUGUAACCCUGAAACAAUUACCCAAUGUAGUAUUAAAAGUAGCUAUGUAGCCUAAAGGUCUAAUGACUGGGGGUGUUUUGUUUUUUUAAAAUUUAUUAUGAAGUUAAAAUUGGAAUUUUCCAAAGUAAGUUUUAAGUUAAAAAAAAUCCUCAUGUACUAACCCUUUUGAAAGUCGCUCUGAAGUUUAGUAGUAUAAAACAUUGGUUUUUUUCAUUGUAACUGUAUAAAUAGCCACAAUCUACUAUUACCAAUAUUUAAUUUCCUUCCUUCUAAAACAGGCACAAAAUGAUUCAGAAAAAACCCCAAACAAACCUGUUAUUUUACAAUUAAUAACGUCUGAAAAAUCAGUGGGUUUAUUUUAUUAAUGACCAAAAAUGGCUAUAUUUGCUUUAUGGCAUGUGCAUUAUAGUUUAGAGACAGGAGUAAAUAGGACUUGUGAGCUCUACCUCAAGAGAUAAACCAUUUUAGAUAACUCAAUUUUAACUGCUCCUAUAACUCUGUUGUGUGUUACAAUGACUAAAGAAUAACACUAUAGCAGCUUAGCCAACUCAUCCUGUUUGCUGUGGUAGGGCACUAGUCUGUGCAGUGGGAACCAAGUGCUGUCCAAAGCAGACAGUGUUCAUAAUUUACCUCAGAAAUCAACUACUUGAAGGUUCUUGUUCUCCUGUUUUGAAAAAUAAUAUGAUGGAAAAGGUGGACUGCACCACAUGACUGUGGAUCUCUGGCUGCAGCAACUUGUUUGGUAAGCUGAAGUACCUUCAAGAAAACUGAUUAUGUCUUUUGGAGGUGGUUAAUGUGUUGCUAUGGAUGAUCUUUUGCCUCUCUGAGAAGCUGGGGUAUAGGCAGGUCAUCUUAUUUAGAUUUAAUUCACUGUUUUAAAUCAAAAGUCAAUUUUUUGUCGUAUGUGAACUGUUGUGAAAAGCAUCUGAGGGAAAAGAAUUGUAUGUUGAAUUUAUCAUAAUCUAUCCCUCAAGGUAAUGUUAUCUUUGAAACCGUUUUGCCAAGAUAAAUGUGGGUGGCAGCAAAAGUCAAAACAACUUAGCCUUAAAGUGUUUCUGUCCUUGUAAAAAUAUCUGUAAUAGAAACAUGCUUGGACUGUUUCCCCUUCUAAAUGUAAUUUACAAUUGCUACUUUAAAACUCAUAAGGAUGGAUCUUAUUCUGAGCAAAUGAAUACUGUAAAUAUCCUUGUCAUACCUAGAAUAAAUGGGUACCUUUUUCUAUAAUUUGUAUUCAUAUCUUCAUGUGCACAUUUUAAGAAAGUCUGUUGACAAGUUUUCCUUUUCAGAGGGUCAGGAGUACAUGUGCUGUAAUUGACUUUUAAAGUAAACUUGGAUUAAUCUUAAAUGGAAAGGUUUCCUCCCUUUUUUACAACAAACCUUUUACAUAAUUAUCUCCCUAGUUUUUCAAGUUCCGAUUUCAGACCCAGCACAACAAAAUAUGAAAUUUCAGUUACAUGGGAAACUAUCUCCUUUUUCCUUUUUUUUUUCCUGGGGAAACCUUGGAGCAGGUUUUUAAUCUAGUUCAAGGAUAUGACCAUGAGUUCUCUGUAUCCUAGAAAGUGGCCUGAUAAGCAGAUUUACCAUUUUGUAGCACUCUGCAAGCUUGUGGCUCAUUGUUGAGGAUUUUCAGAGCCAGGAGAGCAGCAAAGCAAGGCUUUUAACUGGUUGUUGAGAUGUUGUGUUGGUGCUAUGAACCAGUUAGUACCCUAAAAACUUAAUUUGACCAAAGUUGCUUGUAUAGUAAGGAUUCCAAAGAACAGGCACUUUCUAAUUUGAAAGAAAAAACCCCACAGCAAUGUCUGAUUUCAUUUGUUAAACUAGGAGAGGUAUAAUUUUAAUUUGUAUGUAGCUCAUGACCAAUUACUUUCAGUGACUAGUUGCUGUUCAGUUAACUAGUUCCUAGUUAACCAGGAAUACUUUGGUUUUGUUAUGCUCACAGUGUGGUACUUUAUGCAGUUUAGAGUCUGUCAAAAGAAAGUAAAGAAAGGAAUCUUGUCCCUGUGGCAAAUGCCAAAAUGAAGGUUUUAUGGGAUUACUUUAAAAUGAUUACUCACCAGAUUUCAAGGCACAGAAUAACCUACCUGUUGCCUUUCUGGAUCACUGAUUAUCAGCCAGGCUGGAGAGUAGAGUCCAUAUCCCUAAACCAAACAUCUGUCUCCCAGCUGUCACUUCAGAAGUUAUUGCUAGCCCUUGGACUCCUGUCUCUGCCUCUCAGGCUGCCACAUCCUGGCUCGUUUUGGCUGUUCUACCCUUUAGGCUGCCAGUACCAGCUGUGACAUCACUGGCAUGUCACUACCAGACCGAUUUACCAGCUGAACUUGGCCCUCGUGGCUGAUUUGUUCUGUUUUGCCUCUCUAACAUUGAUCUUGGCACAUUAAAGAAUCUCUUAGAAGGCUUGGUUCUCAUGCUUGGCACAACAACGAGAUUCUGCAGCUACCGUAAUCUCUAGCCAAGCCGUGCUGGUUGUGCAUGAAAAGUCACCUGAGAGGAGGAGCACAAAGCACAGGGACACAGAGAGGCCGUUUCCUCUAUGAGAACUUCCUCUGUGAGCUGCAGGGGCCAAUCGGAAAGCUGACUUAAUAAUUGACAGCCUGGGCAACCAAUUAAAAAGUUACUUUCAUGAAUCACAUUUGUAAAGUUAAUCCUUCUCUUUUGUCUUCCGGCCUCCAGGGAGGUAAGGUCGGCCCGGCUUCCCUUCUCCAUGCGGCCUGGUGGGGCAGGGGGCCACUGACGCCCCCCUCCCCCUGUUUUCGGCUGGGGGCCUUGAUGGCCACGGGAAAAAAAGAUCUUUGCUGGGGUCCUGGUCCCUCCCCAGGGUGGCCACUGCUCAGCUGGGGCUCUGCUGCCGUUCUGGAAGCAGCUGGGGGAGGAGAAGCCCCCAGCUGCCCACGCAGCAUGGGGAAGUGCAGUUUCAUCUCCUCCUCCACGCAGCCUGUGCGGCCCGAAAAGCCCUGGCGCGUUUUCCAGCAUGGCCUGGCCCAGCUCCUUCACCUUCUGGCUGCAAUUUUAACCCUUCUAAUGCCCGGAUAAGACUGCAGAUCUCCUGAGCUCCCCUGAAUGAGAGAAAUAAAGCAGGGACUAUACUGAAGACGGUGAAGUGAAAGCUAAGUUUCCAGAUGGGAAGAGAUUGAAGAGAUGCCAUGAUAAGUGGGCUGAAAAACCUUUUUUUUGUGGGCUAUGAGGGGACUGGACUACACUAAAAUUCCUUUAAACUGUGGAAAACUACUUUGGGGGGGUUGAAGAGCUGGAGGAAAAAGAUCCUUUGUCUCGAGGGAAUGGAGCUCUCUGUUCUGGAGACUGGGAAGAUGGACAGAGACAUUUGAUGGAAAAAGAGAUGAAGAGAAUUUUUGUCUUUGAACAGCUUGUCUUUAAAAAUAAU